AUGCCGUUUGCACAGCUCAUUAUUGGACCUCCCGGCUCGGGAAAAUCCACGUAUUGCAAUGGAAUGCAGCAAUUCAUGUCUGCGAUCGGCAGAAAGUGUUCCGUCGUGAACCUCGACCCAGCCAACGAUCGCACUUCGUAUGCUCCCGCGUUGGAUGUGCGGGACCUAGUCACACUUGAAGAAAUAAUGGCCGAAGAUACCCUGGGGCCAAAUGGGGGGAUAUUAUAUGCUAUGGAAGAGGUAGAAGGUAAUUUUGAAUGGCUGAAGGAAGGGUUAGAGAAAUUAGGAGUGAUACAUCUCGUCGAUUCAUACAAUUUAACGCUCCCGUCAAUGUACAUCUCGGCGCUGCUCCUUUGUCUUCGGGCCAUGCUGCAAAUGGACUUGCCCCACUUGAACGUUCUCACGAAGGUCGACAAUCUCUCGAACUAUCCUCCUCUCCCGUUCAACUUAGACUUCUAUACUGAAGUUCAAGAUCUCUCAUAUCUUAUUCCUCAUUUGAAAGAGGAAGGUCCCUUCUUCGCCGGUUCAAAAUUCGAUGCCCUGAAUAGGACGAUCAUAGAAGUGGUGCAGGAUUUCGGCCUCGUUGCGUUUGAAACGCUCGCGGUAGAAGAUAAGAGGAGUAUGAUGAGCUUGUUGCAAGCGAUCGAUAGGGCGAGUGGGUAUGCUUUCGGAACAGCGGAGGGGGCCAACGAUACGAUCUGGCAAGUAGCUGUUAGAGAAGGCAUGGGAACGAUUGAUAUCAAAGAUGUACAAGAAAGAUGGCUAGAGGCAAAGGACGAUUGGGACGAGCAUGAGAGAAAGAAUUGGGAAGAAGAAGCGAAGGCACGAGCAAAAACAGGCAAAAGUGCCCCUGAGCAAGGGGAUGAAGAUUUCGACAUGGAUCUAGGCUCGCAUAUCACAGAAAGCAGUGGGAUAAAAGUCACAAAGAAACAGAAUAAGUGA